AUGGCAAAAAUGUAUGCUGCACCUGCUGCCGUUGUUGCUGCACCUGCUCCAUAUGUGACAGCAACCAGCAGCCAAGUGAUUGCCCGCAACUACAAUGGAAUUGCUGCUGCUCCAGUGAUUGCUCCAGUUGCUGCUCCAGUUGCUGCUCCAGUUGCUGCUCCAGUCAUUGCCAAGUACGCUGCUGCUCCAUUGGCUGCUCCCUUGGCUUACAGCACUCCUUUGGCUGCUCCUCUUGCCUACAGCGCUCCUUUGAGCUAUGCUGCUUCUGCACCACUUUUGAUUUAAAUUAAUAAACUGUGAUUCGUAAUCUAUAAACAAAAUAUAAGUUUAUC